AUGACGAUCCUUGGCAUUCGACCGCAUUGUCUUGUUCUUCAACUCUCACAGGUUUCAAUUGUUGCAUUAAUCUUCGCUGUUAAGAUCACCGUUCAAGAAUCAAGAUUGACUUCAGCCGAAUCUAAGUUCGCGUGUAGUAUAUAG